AUGGAUUUCUUGAGCUUUGUAAUUGGUCUUUGCCUCACCUGGAUCAUAAUCAAAACCUUCCAUAUAAUUCUCAGAAGCAAAGCAAUUCACAAAAAGCUUCCACCAGGUCCCAAACCUUUUCCAGUAAUCGGAAACCUCUUGGAACUCGGUGAUAAACCCCACAGGUCUCUAACCAGGCUUGCCAAGGAGUAUGGCCCCAUAAUGACCCUAAAACUAGGCCGACUAACCACAAUAGUCAUCUCUUCUGCAAAUAUGGCCAAAGAAGUCCUCCAAACACAUGACCAACUCUUGUCUAACCGAACAGUCCCGGAUGCAUUCCGACUCCAGGGACACGAGGUGGUUGGCAUGCCAUUUAUCCCCAUUUCAAGGCAUUGGAGAAACCUUCGCAAAAUAUGUAAUGGCCAACUAUUCUCCAACACAGCACUUGACGCCAACCAGGAUACCCGACGCAAGAAAGUGCAAGAGCUCCUCGCCGAAACUCGUCAAAGCAGCCUAACCGGUGAGGCAGUAGAUAUAGGCAAAGCGGCUUUCAAGACUUCGCUUAAUAUGUUAUCAAACACUAUUCUUUCGGUGGAUUUGGUGGGCCCGAAUUCUGACGCGACUAUAAAGUACAAGGAGAUUGUUUGGACUAUCAUGAAAGAGGCAGGGAAACCCAACUUGGCAGAUUUUUUUCCUGUGCUUCAGAAGUUCGACCCCCAAGGCAUAAGGCAGCGCAUGACAGUUAACUUUGUGAAGAUGAAAAACAUAUUUGCCCACAAGAUUAGCGAACGGUUGCAGCUGAGAAAAGUGUCUGGUUCUUUGACGAACAGUGAUAUGUUAGAUACCCUUAUCAACAUAUGUGAAGAAAACAGUGAAAUGAUGGACAAGUACAGGAUGGAACAUUUCAUCAUGGAUCUAUUUGCUGCCGGAACCGAUACAACUUCAUCAACAAUGGAAUGGGCGAUGGCAGAGCUACUCUGCAACCCAGAUGCAUCGUCAAAAGCCAAAUUAGAGUUGAAGCAAGUAAUUGGUGAAGGUCACACAAUGGAGGAAUCAGAUAUUUCUCGGCUACCUUACUUACAAGCAAUACUCAAAGAAACAUUACGGUUGCACCCACCAACUCCUUUGUUACUCCCAAGGAAAGCGGACGCAGAUGUAGAAAUCAACGGCUAUAUUAUUCCAAAGGGUGCACAAGUGCUAGUGAAUGCAUGGGCUAUAGGCCGAGACCCGACCUUAUGGGAGAAUGCCAAUUCAUUUAUGCCAGACAGGUUCUUAGAGUCAGAAAUUGAUGUUAAAGGACGAAACUUUGAGAUUAUACCCUUCGGUAGUGGAAGGAGAAUAUGUCCUGGUUUGCCAUUGGCAAUACGAGUGUUGCACUUGAUGUUAGGUUCUCUUAUCCACACAUUUGAUUGGAAGCUUGAAGAUGGGGUUAAACUUGAAGAUAUGAACAUGGAAGAAAACUUUGGCAUAACUUUACAGCGUGCUCAUCCUCUGAGAGCUGUUCCUAUUUGA